AUGGGUGACAAUAGUUUAAAUCUUACGGAAGUCUAUGGACGCAGGCUCAUGACUUCCGUUAUCGAUGAUCGGGCCCGCUCUAAUCCACAGAAGACCUUCAUGUCCAUACCAGCAGGCAAAAGCGUUAUCGAUGGGCAGAGAGACAUAUCAUACGGCGACCUGGCACAAGCAAUUCAUCGCUCUGCUCGGUGGAUAGAGGAAACGUUAGGAAAAGGUGUGGACUUCCCACCAAUUGCAACCUAUUUGCACCCAACAGAUUUCCGACAUGUCCUUCUUACAUUUGGAGCAAUCAAGUCAGGAUACAAGAUGUUCUACAGCUCUCCACGGAAUCGUCCAGAAGUCCAAGUUGCGCUGUUGGAGAAACUCCAAUGCACGACUCUCUUCACACCUGAAGAUGAAUCAGAGACGACCAAAGCGGUGCUCGAGAGGCGGCAGAUGAAUAAAUACACAUUACCAGACCUCGACUUUUUUCUAAACGACGAGCCUGUCGAGCCAUAUCCCUACAAUAAGACAUUCGAACAAGCACGCAAAGAUCCAUACGUUACCUUACAUUCAUCUGGUUCUACUGGCACCCCCAAAGUUUUGAACCUGAAACAAGGAUAUGCGGCAGCCCACGAUGCCUUCCAACUUUUACCUAGCCUGGGUGAUACACCUUGGACUGUCAGUACCUGGGCUGGAAAGCGAGUCUUGACGAAUUUUCCAUGGGUACACGCCGGAGGGGCACAUAUCAUCCCUUGUGGGAUAUACAACGACUUCGUCACUGUCAUACCAGCGGCAUGGCCUCUCACUGGUGCCGAUGCGAAUCACUUACACGUGCACGCCAAUAUUCAAGCCGCCUGGUUCUCUCCGUCUGUCUUGAUUGACAUCGCGCGCAACCCGACCUUCUUGGAGAACAUCACGAAGCUGACCAACGUCUCCUAUUCCGGCGGCAUCCUGCCCGCUCAUGUCGGAGAUGCCAUCUCGAAACGCACACGCGUUUUUGGGAAUAUGGCUUCGACCGAGACUGGAAUCCUACCAGGCGAAAUGCCACCUCCCGAUAUGUGGAACUACUAUAAGUUCAACAAGCGUCUCGGGCACACUUUCCGCCAUUAUGACGGCGACUUGUUUGAGCUUGUCUAUACGAGAGAUAAGGCGAACGAGAGUUUCCAGGCUGUCUUCUUCACGUUUCUCGAUGCCGACACGUACGAGAUGCGAGACGUCUACAUCGAACACCCUACACACAAGGGAUGGUGGCGCUCCUCUGGACGCAUCGACGACGUCGUGGUCAUGUCCGAUGCCAAGAAGCUCAACACCAUCCCGUACGAAGCGGCGAUCGAGCGGCACCCGGGCAUUGCAACGGCCCUGAUGUGCGGCACGGGUCGUCCGCGACCUGCGAUCUUGCUGCAGCCGAGUCGGUGGCCAGAAACGAAAGAAGAAGAGCGCAGACUCGUCGAUGCGACGUGGCCGACUAUUGAGAAAGCCAAUGAGGCGGGACCCGUUCUGGGGAGGCUGAUCAAGGAACUGGUCGUGGUAGCGAGGCAAUCUAAGCCGUUCGUCAAGGCGGGGGGCAAGGACACGGUGAUGAGAUUCAGGAGUCUUCAGCUCUACGAAGACGAGAUAGAUGAGGCGUAUAAGCGUGCUGAGGAGAAAGGCCUUCUCUACGGCGAUGUUGCAGAUAAGGGCAACUUGGUGUGAGCUUGUAAGAUCCAGGUGCUGUGGACACGGGCCUCGAAGCUUCUCGUCCAGCAAUUGAAAUAUAACUAAUUGUCAGACUAUAUAUGUGAUAGACCAUGAGAUGUAGUCAGGCUAAGCUAAUCAUUCUAGUUGGUAUGUCAA